AUGUCAACUAGAGAGCAAGGCGAUCAUGUGGAAAUCAAAGUAGAUGAAUUUGGAGGUCAUGAACCUAAAAGGCAAAAUUUUCCACAUGAUAUAAAGUUAAUUUGUUCACCUAAUCUCAAAUAUAUUGCAACAUUAAACGAAAAGGAUGAAAGCAUUCUUAUAUGGCCGGUUUUAGGUAAUGAAUCAUAUUUAAAUGCAGAUAAAAGUUUCAAGGUUACAGAACUUGAUACAAAUGAAGAUAGCAAAAAUGUUUAUAAAUUGGAAGAGUUGUCUGAUGAUGCAUUAAUAGUCUUAAUAAGUGAAACUUCUUGUAUCAUGUAUGAUACUAAUAAAGAGCAACAUGUUGAGAUUCCACAUUUAAAUGAACAGGUGUUACAAACAUCUGAAAUAUAUGUUUCUUUUUUAAAAAAUGGUUAUUUUGCGUUCAUCAGUGAAUCCAAAUUAUAUUUAUAUUCUGUUAUAACUAAGGAUCCAAGAACAUGUUUGCAAUGUAAAAAUAGAUUUGGUUUCAAUAUAGAACUUAAUCAAUGUACCUUAUCUAGAGACGGGAAAUUACUGAUUGGAGAUGGAUUUUUCAAAUCUCAAUGGGAUAUAGACUCUGAAAAAUUCGAAAUACAAUAUCCCAUUGCAAAUGAUUUCGUAUUCAAUAAAUAUGAAAAUUUACAAGCAGUAUGGCACAAUCGUGACUUAACGCUGAAAAUUUACUCUGCAAAAACUGGCAUUAAAAUCUUGUCACGUGAAAUAGAAAUGAAUUAUAAGAAUCAAAAUAAUGAAUAUUUUCAAAUUAGUUUUAUGAAUUUGGGUGAACGCUUAUUAAUCUCUCACUUUACGAAUUCAAAAAUGCAAAAUUAUCUAAUCGAUCCAUAUUCUGAAAAGAAUGCAACUAUUAAAUUGGACUUAUACGAUGAACUUAAUUCGAAAUAUGUUGGAUUUAUUCCUAAAAGGAUAUUUGAAAACAAGGUUAUAGGAAUUGUCAAUCGUAAAGUUCUGAUACAUAAUUUAUUUCAGGAACAUUAUCAAAAUUAUCUGCGAGAAGAAAUUGAUGAUAAGAACAAUAUCCGCUUCCUCAGCAUUAUGAAAGAAAUAUUAGAUAAAAUGAAAGAUGCAAAAAGUGAAAUUAGUAGUACAUUGAAAGUUGAUAUAGAACUAAAAGGUCAAAUAAAGGGUAAGCAUAUGAAUCUAGUUAAUUGGGAAUUUAAUGAAAAUUCUGAUGGAAAAAUGGAAUUAUCUGCAAGGAAAGGCAACAUAAAUCUUGCUAAAUUAAACGUGACGGAUAUAUACGUUGAAAAAAAUUCACUUAAAUCUUUGAAUAUUCUUACAUUUAAAUUAUUGACUAAUGACGAAUUAAUGGUAAUAACAAAGUGGUACCAUUCAUCGAUAAAAGAAUUUACAAUUAUUGUGGCUUUUGAUGAUGACAAAAGUAUCCGGAUGAAAUAUUUUUUCGAUACAAAUUAUUUGAAAAACCUCUUGAAAGUGUGUAAUGAUCUUUUGGAGAAGUGUAAGAUGGAUAGUGAAAUGGAUAAAGAUCUCCUGAAGAUGUAUAAAGAUCUCUUUAAGGUGUGUAAAGAUCUCUUAGAGAAGCGUAAGAAGGAUAGUGAGAUAGAUAACGAUCUCUUGAAGUGUAAAAUAGUAUCUGAAAAACUAUUUUCUGUAGAUUAUUUUAAAUUUAUUCUUAAAAAUUUUGAUUUUGGAUUUUUUGAACCAAAUAAUACAUUGAGCAAUCUAAUUAAAGAUCAUAUCAAUGAUACUUCAUUUUUUGCGUUAUAUGCCCAAAAUCUAUUAGAAGCAGCAAUUUCAGAGCAAAGAAUCGAUCUUGUUGAUCAGGUUUUUGACAAAUGUAUGAAAUUAAUCAAGAAUGAUCCAGCUGAAAUUAAUGUUCUCAAAAUAAUCUCAUCCCUUUCAAUUAAAGUUCAUGAGACUUAUCCUGACUAUUUUAAUAGAUUUAUAUCACAGACCUCCUUAUUAUUAAGUCCUAGUCAUGUUCUUAAUGAACCUAUAGUUUAUACAUCUGAUCCUCAUCUUCACCCACAUGCAGCAGAGCCUUAUAUGUUUAAACUUAAAAAAGAAUUAGUUGAUAAACAAUUCACUGUACCCGCUAUUCACUUUGUUGUACCGUUAGCAGGCUUUUCAUCAUAUGAUACAGAUUUUUCAUUUUGGAAAGAAAUAUUUGGAAGAUCUAAAUCAAAUGGAUUUCUCAUAUUUAAUUGGAAGCGAUAUGUAUUUAAUUUAUGGAAUUGUUUUGAUUUUGGAUCCUUAACUUUUCCUGUCGCCAUUUCUAUCUAUUGGCUAAUAAAUGGCUCUCCACCGCUAUGGGCACCUUCAUUAGCAUGCUUGUUUCUUGAUAUAAAAUUCUUAUUCUAUUUAAGAGCUUUUGAAUACUUUGGUGUUUAUUUUGCUAUCAUUGUUGGCGUAGCUCAGACUGUGUUUUCAUAUUUAAUAGUUUUAGGAAUAAUUAUACUUGCAUUUACUCAUGCACUCUAUAUAUUACUUCAGGAAGACAGUAAAAACAUGACACAUAGAGAUAAAGUUCAUAGAAAAAUUAUAGAAGUUAAGAACGAUAAAGAUUUAACAGAAGAUAAAAAACCAGUUAUUAGUAAUUUACUCCUAGAACUGACUGGAUUAAAUAUAAAAUCUGAAGAAUCUGAACAAGAAGAAGCAAAUUUAAAAUUAGAUAAUGAUAUUCUCAAAAAGCUUUUGGAGCUAGUUAAAAAAGAUAAAGAAACUGAGUAA